AUGUACAAACAGAUAUCGUUCUUAGUGUACCAGCAGAAUGAGGAGUAUGAAGCGAGUCUCAGACUAGAUCGGGCAAAGGAGAGGCAGCGUUUCCUACGAAGUCAGCUUGAACAUGAACAGGAUGUUGAGAGGAGGAUGCAUGACAGAGAAGAGAGGGAGGAACAGGACAGACUUGCCCACCGUGAACUCAGGAUUGAGAAUUGGUACAGGCAAAUACGCCUGGAUUUAUUCUCGCGUGUGACAGCUGAGCCCCCUGAAGGACUCCAAGGCAUUGUACAUCUCAGGAAUAAGCUUCCUGAUGGGACUAGAUUGUCAAGACGCUUCUAUGGAAAUCAACUAAUGGAGACAGCAGCUGAGGAUGACGAAGACCCAAACAAUGAACACCACGAUACGGAGGCUGAAGUGACAGAGCAGGUUGAGGUGGUGGAUUUGACAUUUAGUCCCAAAAGAAAUGAGUAGGUCCAUUAGACACUAAUUUAUGUUCAUAUCUUGUUCCUG